GGCUGAACUAAAGUUAGAAAUUAUUAAUGCAAUGAAUACAGUAAAUUAAAGUUUUAGUGAAGUAGUUUCCAUCCAACCUUGACCUUGCCACAUCAAAACGAAAAAACCAUGAUCAACGUGAUACAAGAUGUUAAUAAUGGUAUGGAGUGAUGACAGUACUGAUGGUUAGGAUCUCUUCGUGAAAAUGGAGGUGUUUAACAAGCUCAAAAGUGCUGUCUCCAACGUGUUGCCGGGCAAUCCUCUGUCUCGGGACUAUGACCUAAUUGGUCAGGUGGCAAGCUGUGGUCCAGGACUUUUGUGGAAGAUAUAUGCUGCAGUCAAACGUUCAACUAAAGAGGAAGCUUCGGUUUUUGUUUUUGAGAAGAAGUCUGCAGAUCAUAUCUCACGUUCUGAUCGUGAAACUUUGAUAGACUUGUUGCGGGGUGGAGUACAACAGCUGACCAAACUGCGCCAUCCCCAAAUCCUCGCUGUUAUCCAUCCAAUUGAAGAAUCAAGGGAGUCCUUGGCCUUUGCUACCGAGCCGGUCUUUGCGAGCCUGAGCAAUGUACUUGGAAAGCUGAGCAACAUUUCUUCAGUGCCACGAGAUCUUCAAGAAUUCCAGCUGCAUGACAUGGAAAUAAGACAUGGAAUUUUGCAGCUGGCAGAGGGACUUAGAUUUCUCCACAAUGAUGCCAAACUUCUGCAUGGAAAUAUCAACCCUGAGGCUGUGGUACUCACUCGUCAGGGCACCUGGAAACUGGCAGGCUUUGAGUUUUGUUUGCACAGCACAGAUCCACAAGUAUCUGAUCCUAUGUUUCUGUGGCGAGAGUGGCGAGGGGAUAUAAUACAUCUUCUGCAGCCCCACCUAGAUUUUCUAGCCCCUGAGUAUGUGCUGACCCAGCACUGUGGAGCACCCAGUGACAUGUUUUCUUUGGGACUCCUGAUCUAUGCUGUCUUUGCCAAGGGCAUGACAUUUCUCCAGUGCAAUGGACAACUGUCUUCCUACAAAAAAAAUGCAGAGAAGUUGCGACACAUGACUGCAAAUCAAUUGGGGGAAGUGCCAGAGGGCUUGCGAGAACAUGUGAAGCUUUUGUUAAAUAUGGAGCCUGCUGUUCGGCCAGAUGCGGCACAGCUCUCAAAGGUGCCUUAUUUUGAGGAGUUGGGCUGUGUAACAUUACGGUAUCUGGACACGUUGUUUCAAAGGGAGAACAUUGAAAAGUCCAACUUCUUCAAGGGUCUUCCAAAGGUUGUUGCUAAACUGCCAAAGAGAGUUAACCUUCAUCGAAUUCUGCCCCCUCUGGUGAAGGAAAGCUUUAAUGCAGACAUGGUUCCCUUUCUGCUGCCUACCAUGUUGUUAAUGGCACAGCAAGCCAGCCAGCUAGAAUACCAGCAGCAUAUUUUGCCAGCCCUCAUCCCUCUCUUCAAGCUGCAGAGUCCAGUUCAGGUAGUUCUCAUCUUCAUGCAGAACAUGGGUCUUCUGCUGAGCAAAACACCCAAGUCUGACAUCCAGACACAUGUACUACCCAUGAUAUUUCGUGCUCUGGAGGCUGACAGUCCCCAAAUACAGGAGCUGUGCCUUAGUAUCAUUCCUACAUUUGCUGAGCUAGUAGAGUAUCCAACAUUAAAAAAUUCCCUUAUACCUCGCAUCAAAAAGCUGUGUCUGGCUACCUCUACCCUCACAGUACGUGUAAACUCUUUACUGUGCAUUGGCCAACUGCUGGACUACAUGGACAGAUGGUAUGUUAUGGAUGAGAUCCUGCCCUUUCUUUCAACUAUUCCUUCACGGGAGCCAGCUGUUCUUAUGAGUAUAUUGGGCAUUCACAAAGUGUCUCUGGAGGAUAGCAAACUGGGAAUCACAAAGGAUGCACUUGCCAGCAAAAUUCUGCCCUUCCUUAUUCCCCUUUCCGUUGACAGCAAUCUCAAUCUUACACAGUUCAAUGCAUUCAUGGCAGUUAUUCGAGACAUGCUUGGCAAAGUGGAAGGUGAACAUCGCUCUAAACUUGAGCAGCUUGACCAGAUGAAACAGGAGCAGAGGUCUGUAGAAAUAACACGUGUAUCAGGUCAAGACUGUGAUGGGUCUGGGGACACUGCACCUCAUCACAACAAGCCUCCAUCCAUGAUGGACAAGUUCCUCAGUGGGGUGGGCUUGUCUACACUCAUGGGCAGCCAGAAGUCAGGACUUGUGGAUGUUAAGAGCAAUGGUACAAGUUUUUCGUCGCAGACAUCAGGCAUUUCUAUGUCUGUCAACCAGCAAGGUGCCACAAGUCCAGUUGUCUCUACUCCAAUUGCUCCAAAGAAGACCACCCUCAGUUUGGAAGAGAAGCUUAAGUUGGCACAACAACAAGAACAGCAACAGCGUUUGAAGUCACAAUCUUCCCUCAAUCCAACUCCUGCCAGCACCACUAGCAUCAAAAACAAAGUGGCAGGUGGCCCUCGUGACUUGACAUCCACCUUGAUGGAGUCCAAUCUGUCAGCUAUGCAAUCCUUGGCAGGGCUCAGCCAGGUUCUUGUGGUCCUCCCUCUAUGAACAGCAAUGGCCGCUCAGUGUUUAGCAGCAGGGAACCCGUGGGUAGUGGGCUGCCUAAAGGAGCUUGCAACUGGCAACAGAGCAACAAUAGUAGACAAACUUUAGCUGGGAAGGUGGACAGCCAGCGAAGCAAAGUUGACUUGAGUGCAUUUGACAGCCUGAUGACUUCUCCAAACACUGCACCCCAAUCUCUGAACCAGAUGAUGUCUGCCUCUGGCCAAGGGUUUGGUGCUACUGGCUUACAAUUAUAUAGUCACAGCAACAGCCAGAAUCCUAUCAUCAUGGGACAGUCUACAUGGGGUGGCCCACGUGUUGGAAUGACUCAGGGUCCAAUGGUGCCCAUAGUGCCUGGACAAACAACAUUUGGUCAGUUGUCAAACGAUUGGCCAGCAGCGAGUGUGACAUCUUCUGCUAUGGGACAGACAUCUGCAACAGGCAACAUGUCUUCAGCAGCAUCAAACUAUUCGACACUUGGUGACCUCCUAGGAUGACCUAUCUUCAUGGUAUUUAGCUGUAUAUGUCCCAUGAUUUAUUUUGGUUCAGAAUAUGUUGUUGUUGCUUGAUUAUUGCUGUAUACAUUACAGUGAGUUAAAAUAUUAAAAUAAUAAUAAACUUUAAAAAAAAUGAAGGUUGUGGUAUAAUCAUUAUUUUUAAAAAAUCUGGAAGUGUCUAUAAGCUUAUGUACCCGUGAUUGAGACAUGAAGAUACUGGUAUAAAAAGAGUGUAAACUUAUACAUGCAUGAUUGCAUCAUAAAAAUAGUGAUGUGAGAAGUCUGUAAACUUGUGUCCACUUGAUUGAGAGAAGAUAAUAAACUAAAAUGACAGCACAAAGGUUAGAACUACUUGAAUUUCAUUUCUAAUAAAAUAUUGAGUUUUGGUGUAUAUUUAAGUAUAAUUUGGUAUAUUUAUAAUGUCAACAAAUUUUUGACCAAAUUUCUUACUUUGUGAUUAAUGACAGCAUAUUUUGGACCUGUUCACAUAUUCUCCUUCAACCAGAUCUUAUCAAGAAAAAAAUGUAGCAUUUUAUAGUUGAAAUUCUCUAUAAUGUUUUUUUUUUCACUUUAUUGUACAGCUGUUUAUUUUUGAGCACAGCAAACCAUUGAAUCAAACUCAAACAGACCUGUUUUACUGAGGUAGGAAGGCUGUCUGUCAUGAUGUAGAGAAUGAUUUAAUAACCAAUGGGGUGAAGAAAGUAUGGAGAUCUUUUAGAAUGGUAAACAAAUAGUGAAACUGACAGAGUGAAAACAUCUAUAUCUCCAUGAUAAAUGUUUGAAGACAGCAAACCUUUCAAUUGAACCCAAACAAACCGUGGAUGGCUGUAUGACAUCAUGUAGAAAAUUAUUUUAUGACCACUGGGGAUUCUGUUGACUUUAGUGGGUUGAGAAGAUAUAAAGAUCUUUUAAAAUUAUGGUAAACAAUGAAAGUAACACAAUGAAAACAUCUAUAUUUCUUUGAUAAGUGUUUGAGCUUUUGCAGAAAUGCAUAAAGUCUAUUGUAUUCCAGUGCUCACCAGAAAGGUGGGGGGGCUGAACACAUGUACCAGAGAUGUAGCACAUCACAACAAGAAGACAGUGCUCCCAAAAAUAUCAGGCAAAUAGAAACAAAAUCGAGUGAAUGGGAGACAAAAAAGAAAUAAGUAAACAGAAACUAUAAGACAUGGAAGAAAAAAAGAACAAAAGGGAAGAUGUAAAAUAAACAAACCCUUUAGCUACGCUCUAAAAACUGCAGCAAACUACACAUGUACAUAGACAAGCUGUGCUCUGGAUUGGCUAGUUGGAACACAGCAGCCUUCUACACCAGGGGUGGAGAACAUCAAGCCCAUGGGUCAUAUGUUGCCUGCAAAAUCAUUUGAUCCAGCCCACCAAGGCAGUUGGAAAUUUCAGUAAAUCUAUAAGAUUUUUUUCAUAGCAACAUCCAUGUAUGAAUAAUAAUUUAAAUUUUGAGGGACGAGCAAAGAACAUCAAUUACGGGAUAGACAGGACACAUACGAGUACAUGACAGUACAGAUACGUAUGCUUCUGGUCAGCUGCCCUGCAGCCUAUGUAGAUGAUUUGGGAGAAUUGGGCAUACCCGUGACCUUCAAUCCAUGCUGAGGGUAGACCACUUUCUGUUUGCUGUUUGAUAUGGAUACAAGUAGCAUUUUUUAACCAUUUCUGCUCAUACAGUAAAAAAGUGAUGGGGGACAUUGCUGUGUACCUUAAUGUACAGUUCAGGCCCUGGAUUUCCAAAUGAUCAAAUGAAAAAGCUCUGGCUAGUAAAAA